AAGCGGAGGAGGAAGAGGAGGAGGAGGAAGACGGUGCUUCAAAUCCUGCCAAAGCCUGCUUCUGUCCGGUGAGCGGAUCCGUGCUCCACAAAGGACUGCAGAAUGGAGCUGUUAUUGCAGACUCAAGUACACAAGGAGCUUUUCUGCGCACUUUGCUGCGCCCUGCUGCUCCUCACCUGCGUCAGUUGCGCAGAGGAAGGCGCAAAUGUGAAGAACUCCCAGUGUCACAACUACGCGGGAGGACACGUCUACCCUGGAGAGGCUUUCCGUGUACCUGUGUCCGACCAUUCCCUGCACCUCAGCAAAGCCAAGAUUUCAAAGCCUGCACCAAAUUGGGAAGGAACAGCUGUUAUCAACGGUGAAUUCAAGGAGGUGAAACUGUCGGACUACAGAGGCAAAUAUCUGGUCUUUUUCUUCUAUCCCCUGGACUUCACAUUUGUCUGCCCCACAGAGAUCAUUGCGUUCAGUGAUCGUGUGCAUGAGUUUCAGGCCAUUAAUACAGAGGUGGUCGCCUGCUCCGUCGACUCCCAGUUCACCCAUCUGGCCUGGAUCAAUACACCCAGGAAGCAGGGAGGACUUGGACCAAUGAAAAUCCCUCUGUUGUCUGAUCUCACUCAUCAAAUUUCUAAAGACUAUGGAGUCUAUCUGGAGGACCAAGGACACACACUGAGGGGACUCUUCAUCAUCGAUGACAAAGGCAUCCUUAGGCAAAUCACAAUGAACGAUCUCCCAGUGGGAAGAUCUGUAGAUGAGACUCUGCGGCUGGUCCAGGCCUUCCAGUACACCGACAAACAUGGAGAAGUGUGUCCAGCAGGAUGGAAGCCAGGCAGUGAUACAAUCAUUCCAGACCCUUCAGGAAAGCUGAAAUAUUUUGAUAAACUGAACUGAUCUGCAUUUCUGCCACCACUCAAAGUUCAAAUAAAACACUUUUUCUUAA